AGGGUCCUUGCACACACGAAGGAUAAAAAAAAAUAAAAAAAAUAAAAAUGAGACGAGCCACACAAUGGUAACCUAAGAUAAGAAACUAAUCAUGAAAAUGCCAAAAAGAAAAUUAUUUCUUCUCAUUAUUUUUGCAUAUGUGGCAUUUUCACUCUAUGCUGCAUAUAACGUUUUCUUUAGCAACAAAGUGAUUUCCCGUGUUCAUAGGGUGGUGAAGAAGGAAACCGGGGCGCCAUCAGGCGGCAUCAGAGAUGGCGGCGUCCCAUUUGUUGCAGAUGAAUGGAAUCCGUGGGAAGAUGAAGAGGUAGAGUACAACUCUGCUUUGAACAAAAAGAGAGAGGCCUUCAAACAAUACAUGGGCAAAAUUGACAAGAACAAACCAAACAGAUACAAGGUCCAAAUUUGGGGGAAAGCUGCCAUAGGCCUUUAUCUUUGGGAACAUAUUUUAGAAGGACCCCUUAACCCAACUGACAAAAUAGCACAGUGGAGAGAGGGGGAGCUGCAGUCAGGAAAGACUGAAUUCAGUUUCUACACUGGUCCUGCUGUGGUCCAGGGCCACGUCCCUCUGGAAAUGAACAGCUUGGUUUUGGUUCUCAAUGGCCGAGAGCAGCAGAAAGUCUCUUACUCCACGCGGUGGCUAGAGCAUGUCCAAGCUCUGGUUCAGUCCCACACAGUCUCUCACGUAGCUGUGGUCUUGUUGGGCAACGAGCAGUGCAACAAUGAUUGGAUCGCCCCACACUUGAAGAGAAAUGGUGGCUUCGUAGAUCUCCUCUUCCUGGUGUACGACAGUCCCUGGGUCAAUGAUAAGGAUGUCUUCCAGUGGCCUCUCGGAGUUGCCACAUACAGACAGUUUCCUAUUAUCAGGCCUAAUGCGCAGCUGAUUACAUCCAACCGGCCAUAUCUCUGCAAUUUCUUAGGGACUGUUUACAAAAAUUCCUCCAGAGAAACAUUGGUGCAUGUACUAAAACGAUAUGAAUUAGAAAAGGAGUGCAUCAUCGCUGCCAGGGAUAAGUGGCUCCCUCAGGAAACAGCAGACAGUUUGAAACGCUAUCAGACAGCGUUGGCCCAAAGUGAGCUCACACUCUGCCCAGUAGGGAUCAACUCAGAGUGUUACCGCAUCUAUGAGGCCUGCUCCUACGGCUCUGUGCCCGUGGUGGAAGAUGUCCUGACACCUGGAAGCUGUGCAGCAGGGCCCAGCUCCCCGCUACGCCUCCUAAAAGCUGCAGGAGCACCCUUCAUCUUCAUCAGUGACUGGAAGGAGCUGCCAGCAAUCCUGGAAAGGGAGAGAGGUAUGAGCCAGGAACAAAGGGUGGACCGGAGGAGGAGGCUGUUGGAGUGGUACUCCAGCUUUCGCCAGCAGAUGAAGGACCGGUUCACUGAGGUCAUCGAGGAGAAUUUCUUCAAAGGCGGCUAAAUGGUGCUUUUAGAUAUCGAGCAGGUUAACCUUUUAACAUUGCUUUAUUUUGUCUAGUGGUUUGUAGAGACGUGAUGUACUGCUGAUAUAGUGAACCUGGUAAUGUUCAGUGAAAUACUGUCUGGUUAUUAUUAAACCAUUAAUGUUGUGGUCAACUUGUAUGCUGCCUUUAGUAGUACGUAACCUCUAUAUAUGUUUCUCAUUGAAAUGUUUACAAUGGCGGAAUGUGCAGGCAGGCACCAUUUAGACAUCUCGGGUUAUAAGCGGCCUUUGCAUUUUCAUUCCCAUAUUUUACUUCACAUGUUUUGUACCUCUGUUUGUACACGCUUAAAACUGUGAUUUUU